GCUGGUCUCCAGGGCAACCGCUCGCGCUUCCCGAGCCCAGCCCCGCCCCGCCUCGAGGACCGGAAGCAGCUUGGAGCGAGGCGUUCCCGGGGUUUCUCCCAGGCGGCUGUGGGCCAGUCCUUCCCCUCUGGGAGUUGUAUUUAAGGAGUGUCCAUAAGGAGAGUACUGCCUCCUUGAGGGGAGAGCCUAGCAGUCCUGAGCCAUUGCCAGUCAACAUGUCUGCAAAAUCGAGAGAGUCGUCAACGUGCCUCCCACAAAAUCCACAGGAGCCCAACAGGAUUUUAAUAGUGAAGAUGGAAGAGGAAGAACAGGCCUGUGAUCAGGACUCCAGACUCCAUUGGAGCAACUGCUAUAGCCCAGAGACCUUUCGCCAACGGUUCAGGCAGUUUGCCUAUGAGGAUUCACCCGGGCCCCAGGAGGCUCUGAGCCAGCUCCGGGAACUUUGUCAUCAGUGGCUAAGGCCAGAGGAGCACACCAAGGAGCAGAUCCUAGAAUUGCUGGUGCUGGAGCAGUUCCUGGCCAUCCUGCCUAAGGAGCUGCAAGCCUGGGUGCACCUGCACCCACCAGAGAAUGGAGAGGAAGCUGUGACUCUGCUGGAGGAUGUGGAGAAAGAGGUUCAUCAGCAAGCUGAGCAGGUCUUUUUUGGACAAAGAAAGGACAGAACUGCAGAGAAGGUGGCACCUUGGGAAAUCACUGAGGACUUGGCAAGCAGUCAGCUCAAGCCUUUGAAGAAGCAGUUCCAGUGGGCACCAUGGGAGCUACACUCCUUAGGACGUCAUGAUGCAGACACCAAAACUACAAAUGUAAAAUCUGCUUCAAGGCAGAAGACUUCCUCAGGCAUGGGGCUGUGUGCUAAUACCCGUCAUCUGAGUGCCUCCCAGAGUUUCAUAUCUAGAGGAACCUGGGAACAAGGUGGCAGGUUUGAAAAAAAACAGGGAAACCUCUCUCGAAAAAAACAACACAAGUGUGAAGAAUGUGGCAAAAUCUUUAGUCAGAGCUCUGCCCUUAUUUUACAUCAAAGAAUCCACAGUGGAGAGAAGCCUUAUGCAUGUGACGAGUGUGCAAAGGCUUUCAGCCGGAGUGCAAUUCUGAUUCAGCAUAGAAGAAUCCAUACUGGGGAAAAACCCUUCAAGUGCCAUGAAUGUGGCAAGGCCUUUAGUCAGAGUUCAAAUCUUUUCAGACAUAGAAAAAGACACACUAGAGAAAAAGUCCCAUCAGUAUCAUGAGGGAAUCAAAGCACAUAGAGCUUUUACAGAUAAGACCGGACCCAAGUAACAAACAUGCCUUUAGUAUAAAUCAGUGGUUUUAGUGGGUACCAGUUUCCUUUCAAGGGUUAUAAAAGUCAUGGGAAAGGAUGUAGAAUAUCUUAUGUCAGCAUUAUUUGCUUUUCUGCCUAUCAGUGCAGGUCAGUUCAAAUGUUUGAGAUUACAAAGCUUAAUUCAGAGUUUCAUCCUUAAGCAGCCCUUGAAAGACGUCUUCAGACGUAUUUUACUAUUUCCGUUAUCAACCUAAAUGAUGAACUAGUGUAUUUCCUUUUUAGACAAAUGGUUUUUUUUUCCCUUUGAGAAGGAAUGUGUUACUCAGUUUAAAAACAGAUAUUGCCCUGUGUUUCAUAGAUUAAUCACUAGAAUUCUGAAGACCCAAAAUUCAACGGCUCUUUAAAAUUUUUCCAAUUUGGUCUUCUGUUACCAGAUUUACACUAUGAGAGCAGGAUUGAGGAGGCCUGUUAUGGUUUGGGUCUUAAAUGUCCCCCAAAGGUUCAUGUAGGAAACUUGGCCCCUGGCUGAUGAUGCUCUGGGAAGGCUGUGGAACCUAUAGGAGGUGGAGCCUAAAUGAAGCAUGCUGGACCACUGGGGUAGUGCCCUUGAAGGGUACAUUGGAAUCCUGGCCCCUUUCUCUUUCUUUGCUUCCUGGCUGCCAUAAGGUAAGCUGCCUCCUCCUCGAUGAGCUCUGCCCUGUGAGAGGGACUAUCUUGUCACAGGCCCAAGGACAACAGAGCCAAGCAAUCAUGGACUGAAACCAAUAAGUCAAAAUAAAUCUUUCCUCCUUUUAGGUUGAUUUUUCUAGGGUAUUUUGUCACAGUGAUGGAAAGCUGACUAAUGUAAAAUUAGUACUGAGAAGUGGGGUCAUUGCUGUAACUACACCUGACAGUGUAAAAUGGGUUUGUGAGAGGAGUUUGGAAAUGUCUGGAGGGGCAGACUAAAAAAACCCUAUAGUGCUGUACGUGGAGCUUAAUAGAGACUGAUGGGUGAGCAGAAGACCGGUUUCUGUAGGAAUGCAGACAGUAAAGGUUGUGCUAAUGAAGCUUUGGCUGGAAAUGAGGACUCCAUUAGGAAUUCAACUAGCAGCUAUUCUUGUUACAAUUUAAGCAAAGAACUUCUCUACAUUUUGGCCAUGCUCUCAGACUUUGUAAGAGACUGGAUUUAAAGGUAAUGGACUAAUUACUAAUUAACUCCCAAGUUUAAUUCUGCAAAUAUUUCAGUGACCUAGGUGUAUUAAAAUAGGUUGGAAAUCAAAUCUGAAAUUUAUAUAACCUUUUUUUCAAUGAGAAAAAACUACAGAUAGUCCUAUAAAUAGGACACUGGGACAAUACAGUAUCUUUUACAUAUAUGUAAGCAAUUCUAUAAAUAGAACAUUGGGCACAUGUUACAUAAUAUACAAAGAACUAACUUUCAACAGUUAUUUUUUGGUGGAAAGGAGAAAGCACUUCAAACAAAGGGUAACAUUACAUUUUGGAUAAUACCUUGGUUUCCCAAUACAUGGUUUGUUUUUACAUCAUAGUUGUUCCUGAUAUUUGAGAAUAAUAUGGCUUUUCUUGUUAAAUCUGACAUCAUCUUGAACAGUAAUAAGUCUAGAAAUAUUAUAUUUUCUUCCUGAUGGGUUCUCCUUCCAUAAUUUUAAGUAUGAUAAGCACAUGUCUCUUUGGGAAUUCAACAAGCUUAUGAGGUCUUUCUUAUCUCUGUUCAUAAAUUUGAAAUAAUUUAUGCACAUAUCAAUUAUUUAAGUGAAAAAAGGCCAAUACCAAUUUUUAUUAUGUCUAUAAUAGCUGAUAAUAAAGCAAAAUAUAAACCUACCAAUCAUGUUUAUCCACACCACCACUGAAAUUAUUACAGGUACACACUACCCUUGGUUGAGUCACACUGGCUCUAUUCUCUUUUACUUUGUUGAACUUUGUCAACUUGUUCCACUGUAUUUUAAUUUAUUCCAGUAAUUUAUUGUGUAACCAUUUUACAAUAAGAAUUUCAUUAUUUGUAUCAAAUCUGAAAUUAUACAGUCUUCUUGCUUGUUUUA